AUGUUACCGGAGAACACUAAGGCAGUGCCUGUCACCAAGCCACGUACUCACCCAAGCGAGAUCAAACAGGUGCAGGCACCGAGCCGCCCAGAAGGUCGGAAGCAGCGAGACGCUCACCAGCGGCAGGAGACCGAAGACCUGUCAGAUGGCAAUAGGAACCGGCAAGUAAUCGUGCGGAAGCGCACAUCAGCCCAACCUCCCACCAACUUAACAGAGAGGGCUUGUCCCCAAUGAUUAUGGCAGAAGUGCUGGAGGAAUGGGAGGCCGCACAGCGAGUACCCCCACCAGCGACCAUUAACUUUGCCGCCAAGCAUAGCUCACUUACAGCGGAGCCGACCUUACACGCACAUACUGCAGUGCGGCGGCCCCGAAGAGGGAACAAAGGAGACACCCAGCAACAAGCCAUAAAGAGUGACGUCCAACUACCUCUCACGACGCACACCAACCUCCAGAGGCACAGAUGUGGCAGGCUUACCCCAACAGGGCUGCAGCCCAAGGGACACCAACGAGAGGCUCACAAAGCCACCAUGGGGGACACUAUCAUACCAGCAGCUGGCGUGGGCUAA